AUGAUAUCAACCAAAUUUCGAAUAGCUCACCAAAGCUCAAGAGUGUUUCUCAGAGCAGUGUCUACUCUGAAGAAUAACUCAUACAUUAAAGUCUUUGACAAUGCAACAGCACCGUCAUCACAUAUCCUCACCUAUCUAGACUCAAAUCCUCCUUCUCAAACGCUUGCAAUUGGCGUUACCACAGCCGUUCCCCCGACACCUCAUUCAUUUACACAGAACCCAAAGUUUGUAUCGAUUCUCAACGAGGUCGUAUCUGAAUACGGCCAUCAAGAUGAAGAUGUGAUUGCGCAAGCAAAAGCCUUUGCCAGUCCAGGAGGGUUCAAUCUCGGGUCCGGCGGCUCAUUCUUCCCCGGCCAGCACCAAGAGCGCCAUCGAGGAUCUUCCCGGAAGCAGGGAGGAGGCGGCGGAGCUGGAGGGGAUGGAGCCGGAGGAGCGAGUGCGCAGGGCGGGCCGGGCGGUGCAGGUCGAGGCGGGUUCGUUCAUCUGAGUGAUCGCAGGAAUCCGCCUGAUUUUGGCCGGAUUGCCUGGCCGGAAGAUAUCUUGGGGAGCGUUGAGGUGGACGAGUCUGGAGAAGUCGUCGGAAAGCUUCAGCCAAGCGGGACGUACAGAAUCGUGACAAAUGAAGGAAUCCUUGGCUUGAGCCCGUUCUUGAGAGGCAAGCUGAUAGAUAGGCUCCGUAAGGAGGAGGCGAAGGAGAGGGGAUCUUAA